CCCUGCGUGAUAGUUCGAGUCCGAGCAGGAAGACCAGGCACCGCACGGACCCGCACAGACCCGAACAGACCCGCACGGACCCGCACCUGCAACGCAUCCUCAGCCGCUGACGACAUGCCUGAACCAAUCCGAGUCCUGGUGACUGGCGCCGCCGGUCAGAUCGCCUACUCUCUGCUCUACAGCAUCGCCAAGGGAGAUGUGUUCGGCAAGGACCAGCCGAUCGUCCUGGUCCUGCUGGACAUCCCCCCCAUGCUGCCGGUGCUGGACGGAGUCGUCAUGGAGCUGCAGGACUGUGCCCUCCCACUGCUGAGGGAGGUCAUCCCCACUGACAAAGUGGAGGUGGGCUUCAAGGACCUGGAUGCAGCCAUCCUGGUGGGCUCCAUGCCCAGGAAGGAGGGCAUGGAGAGGAAGGACCUGCUGAAGGCCAACGUGGCCAUUUUCAAGACUCAGGGCGGCGCCUUGGAGAAGUUCGCCAAGAAGACCGUCAAGGUUCUGGUGGUUGGAAAUCCGGCAAACACCAACUGUCUGAUCGCCUCCAAAUCUGCACCAUCGAUCCCAAAAGAGAACUUCUCCUGCCUGACGCGCCUGGACCACAACAGAGCCUCCUCCCAGGUGGCGAUGCGUUGCGGCGUGUCCGCUGACAAGGUGAAGAACGUCAUCAUCUGGGGGAACCACUCCUCCAGCCAGUACCCCGACGUCCACCACAGCAAGGUCAACGUCCACGGCUCGGAGACCGGCGCCUACGACGCCGUCAAGGACGACGCUUGGCUCCGAGGAGACUUCAUCUCUACGGUGCAGUUGCGCGGUGCCGCCGUCAUCAAGGCCCGGAAGCUCUCCAGCGCCAUGUCCGCUGCCAAGGCCAUCUGCGACCACAUGAGGGACAUCUGGUUCGGCACCAAGGAGGGUGAGUUCAUCUCCAUGGGCGUCUACGCUGCUGGAAACUCCUACGGAAUCCCAGAGGACCUCAUCUACUCCUUCCCCAUCCAGAUCAAGAACAAGACCUGGAAGGUGGUCGACGGUCUCUCCAUCAACGACUUCUCCCGAGCCAAGAUGGACGCCACCGCGGCCGAGCUGGUGGAGGAGCGAGACACCGCCAUGGACUUCCUGUCCCAGUGACUGUCUCCCCCUGCUGGUCAACAGCAACACGUCGUGCCCCUGAAGACUUGCUGUUCACGGCUCUGAAGACGAAGCCCCUUCCACAUUAUAACCGUCCCAGCUGGUGUCUGUGUGUGUGUGUGUGUGUGUGUAGGCCACUUCUCCAGGUUUUCAGAAAACCGUGUAACGACACCCCCCCCCCCCCCC